AUGGGAUGUGUCCUAACAUGGCCAGAAUAUUUCCAUUUAGUUGACUGUUUUAUUGCAACUGAAAUAAUGACAGAAGAUCCGGAAACGGGUACAAAGAAGCGUACGGUGAUAACGGAGCGAGUAGUUACAACCAAAACAUUUCAUAUUUUACCGAUCGUUGGUGAUCCAAAUCAAUCAAUGACAAUGGUUAAUGAAACAACAGUAUCUCAUCCUGAAGUGUCCAAAUUAACUUAUAAAGAUGGUGAAAUAUCAUCUCUUUUGCCAUCUAAACUGUCACCCACAGCAACCACACGAGUUAUACAACUAAAUCAUAAUCCAUUCAAUGAUAUUGACUACGAUCGAGUUGCCAAUUUGAUCAUUAUUACCCGAGUGAAGCUUGAUUCCAUCGUCAAAGAUAUUCGUGUAGGCGAUGCGAUCAUUGAAAUCAAUGGAAUACCUGUCAAUGAAAUCAAUAGGUUAACAGAAUUAAAUGAUAACAUAACAUUGAAAAUAAUGACAGCACCUUUACAUCAAGGGCCAUCAGUGUAUUAUCGUGCAGCAUUGGAUUAUGAUAGUUCACAUGAUAUUCAUGCACCAAUUAAUUUCAAUGUUCUGAAUUUGAAAAAGGGUGACAUUGUCCAAGCAUUCAGCAAAGAUUCCAAUUGGAUUCAGGUCAUCGGACGAAAAGUGGAUGAUCUAAAUCAAACAGGAUUAUAUCCGGUAAGUAUACUUGAUGAAAAGGUCUCGCUGCUUUCUCCGUAUGGUCGUCGAGUUGUGGUACUAUUGGGUGUUCCAGGUGUUGGGCGCAGAACUCUCAAAACGAUGCUUUUGAAUCAUUUACCGCAAUAUUUCGCAGCAGCCAUUCCUUAUACUUCGCGAGCUCCAAGACCAAAUGAGCUAGAAGGUCGCGAAUAUUAUUUUCGAACGAAGAAGGAAAUGUUAGAGAGAAUUCGAGCCGGUGAUAUGAUCGAAUGGGGUGAAAUGCAUGAACAACUUUACGGCACUAGUCUGGAAACAAUACGAAGUUGCAUUCGAAGCGGACGAGUUUGUUUGUUAGAUUGUGAGCCGAAAGCUUUACGACGUUUAUACAAUGCAGAAUUUAUGCCACUUGUUGUGUUAAUUGCUCCUCCAGAAAUUGGCAUUUUUCGACAAAUAAAUAAACUUCGUUUACGACCUUACACUGAAGAGGAAAUGGAAGGUUAUAUUCGGGAAAAUAAGGAAUUGAUGAAAAGUAAUUAUGCUAAAAUGUUUCAUAUUGUUUUGGUGAACAGGAAUUUGGAUGACACUUUCAACAGAUUGAUGGAGAUUUUGAGUAAAUUGAGAAAUGAAAUGCAAUGGAUACCAGAAGUUUGGCUACAUCGAACAUAA